AUGGCACAGAUCCCCACGCCGCCUGCAUCCCGGUCAGGCUCAGAAAGCCCCGAGGUCGCGCUCAAGGAAGCUCCGGUCUCUGACUCCUCCGCGGACUCUCCCGCGGACCUGUUGCAGUCGCUCGACACGCUGUUGGAAAAGUACCUCGACCUUCUCGACCAGCACCAGAAAUUCCAGACAGAGUUGGCAUCCCGCAUCUCCUCGGGAUUCUUCUCGCUCGCCCAGGCCAACUAUACCUGUCCCCCGGGUCGGAGAUAUGGCGCCGACUACUAUGACGAGCGGAUGAAGGCCACUCGGAGAGUGGCUCUGCAACCUCCUCUAGACCCGACAAACGAAGCCAAUGUGACCGAUUGCGAAGACGCGACCGGGAAGGAUGAAUCGAAGGCCAUUUUCGCGAUUGAAAAGGUCACGAACGAGAGCUCUGAAGCCCUUUUCAAAACGAAGCCAGACGACAGUCCGAAAGAAGCGCCCGACACGAACGCCCAGGAUUCAGAGUCCACGGAAUCGCCCGAAGACACCGAUGCAGACUCGACAGCUGCGCCGAAGCCUGAACCAGUGAAAAAGAAACCCUGCUCCUCGGACCCUAUCCGGUGGUUCGGCGUUCUCGUCUCUCCUCAUCUCCGCAACGCUCAGAGAUCAUUCACCGAUGUGUUAGAAAGCCUUGUACCGCAAUUGGCAAGCACGGCGUUCGAGAUGCGAGCGCUGGAACGAGAGAUCAAUCGUGUAAGAAGCAUGUUAGGGUCGACAGGAAGAGACGCCAGGUAG